UGACAGCCUCUUCGAAUUCAUGAAACAUCUUAGAAGUUUAACCAACCACUUGAAAGAGGACGAAAGAAUAAGGGUCCAAGCAGGAAUCCACAGCUACGUCGAGGAGGAAAAACGCGAGCUCCAGGACAAGGAGCAACUUGACCACCGUUUCCAAGAUUUUCUGGAAACUCUCCUAGAAGGGUUGGAUGAGGUCGACAAGAAGAGGAUCAAAAACGGCAUCAUAGACUACCGGAAAACCCGGAAAGAUGACAGCCUCUUCGAAUUCAUGAAACAUCUUAGAAGUUUAACCAACCACUUGAAAGAGGACGAAAGAAUAAGGGUCAAAUCAGGAAUCCUCCAUUAUGUUGUCCGCCAAGAGCCCGAGAAGGAGACCCAGGAAGUCCCCCAAUGGUUCGAGCUCGAGUAGGAAUUCCUCGAAGAGCUCGAAAAGGAGGAACCCGUCGAAUGCGCCCGAGAGCUCGAAAAGGAGGAACCCGUCGAAUGCGCCCGAGAGCCCGAGAAGGAGACCCAGGAAGUCCCCCAAUGGUUCGAGCUCGAGUAGGAAUUCCUCGAAGAGCU